AGAGCGUCGAUUCAAUUACUUUGGUCUCAAACUAUCGCGACAAUCCUUCCAAACCACCUGCAGAUACAAGAGUGGGGGGGUUGGAAGUGGGCCGACAACCAUACUAGCCAGACCCCCCAGUUAGAUCCGAUAGAUAGCGUCCUCUGGAUGCUUGUGUUCCCCAUCAGCGAUAGCAUGCACACUGAUAAAAUUAGGUAAAAACUUCCGUGUGGUUAAUACGCUGCAAGGCAAGCUUGAUACCGCAUGGUUGUUUUCGUCUCGCCUGUCUAUCAUCGCCAACUCUACCGAUCCCCGCAGUUACUCCUCAUCCGCCACACAACCCAAUGCAAUUGUUGACCAAUUGACCAUGGAUUCUUGACUCUGGAACUUUUAGCGGCAAGUCCUGUUGCAUUGAUCUUUGUGAGAAGAAAACAGCGGAUAACUAUACGGCGGGUGACCCCACCCAGCUGGUCCGCCAGUAGAAAGAAGACAUCGACCAAAUGUUUCCUCAACGGGUGACGAUGCAACGAUAAAAAGGCCGGAACUAGAGUUUUUGGCGUUACUUCUCCGCGGCAUCUUCCGCCCGGUCAGGCUGAUGGGCUGGACUACUUAUACGGGUCCUGCCACCCACCUUCCCCUCAAUUGACUGUCCUAAGGUUAUCGGUUUGCUCUCACCAUGCGAUCCCCCACACAGCCCUCAAGCCUUGUUCUGGCCCUCCUGGCCACCAUUGUCAAUCCCGCCUCUGCGGAGAGGGUGCUGGGCGCCUAUAUCUUUGCACGUCAUGGUGACCGGACGGCCAAGGUGCUGGGGAAUACCGAGCUCACCGACCUGGGAUACAGCCAAGUCCACCAGACGGGUGUCUACUACCAUGACCGGUAUAUCGACGCCGACUCGCAGCACCACAUCGAGGGCAUGAACGACGGGGUCGUCAAGCUCAGCCAGAUCAGUGCAUCGGCGCCCUCCGACGACGUGCUGCAGAACUCGGCCACGGCCUUCCUGCAAGGCGUGUAUCCCCCCGUGGGACCAUCGGCCAACGAGACCCUCGCCAACAAAACCACCAUCCAAGCACCCCUAGACGGCUACCAGCUGAUCCCGCUGUCGCUCAUCACGACCGGCACCGACAGCGAGGACAACACCUGGCUGCAAGACGCCACGGGGUGCCAAAAUGCCAAGAUCAGCAGCAACAACUACUACAGCUCGUCGCUGUACGAGGAACUCCACGACUCCACCAAGUCCUUCUACGAAUCGCUGUCAGACAAACUCACCGGCGCCUUCUCCACGGACAAGAUCUCCUUCAAGAACGCCUACGCCAUCUUCGACUACCUCAACGUAGCUUCCAUCCACAACACAAGCAACACACCCACACGCUCGGAACUCCAACAACUCUCCCACCUCGCCGACAUCGAGCAAUACAACCUCGCGUACAACACCUCGGACACAGUGCGCGCCAUCGCCGGCUCCCAACUGGCCGGCGAGAUGCUCGACGCCCUCACCAAGACCGUCACCGAUAAGGGCGCCAAAACCAAGCUCAACAUCCAGUUCGGCUCCUACGGCACCUUCCUCUCUUACUUCGGACUCGCGCAGCUCCCCAAAGCCAGCCCCGACUUCACCGGCGUCCCGGACUACGCCUCGUCAAUGGCCUGGGAGCUCGUGACCGACGCAAAGGGCGACUCGUUCCCCAGCACCUCGGACAUCAGCGUGCGCUUCGUCUUCCACAACGGCACUAUCAGCGGCGACGCGACGCCCUCCGAGUACGCGCUGUACGGGCAGUCGAGCGCCACCAUCCCGUGGGAGGAGUUCGUCGCCCAGACGAAGAAGAUCGCUGUCAUGUCGGAUAAGGAGUGGUGCGAGCAGUGCGGUGGGAAGUGCGAUAAGAGCGCGGGCUCCGACGGGGGUUCGUCUUCGGCAGGGACGAGCUCCGCGGAUGAGGGCGCUCAAAAUGGCGUGACGCGCACUGUGGCGGGCGUUAUUGGGGCGAUGGUCACUUUGGCUGUGGUUUUGGGGCUGGAGGCGCUGAUUUUGCUGGUGGGUGGGUUCCGGAUUACGAAGAAGAAGGCGCCUGCUGUGGUGGAGACUGUUGAGAAUAAGGCGUAGCCUGGUUGAUGAGAUCACACGAAAUGGAUAUCAUAGGGUGGUGGAUGCAUACAUGCACUGACUUGCCUUUAUGGGCUUAUGACCGUAUCAUGCAGAUGCCUAGUAUCAUAUGAUGGAUGAUGAGAUGAGAAUAGCAACCGAGGCUGUAUUCAGUCUGCCAGUCAUGACUAUUACUAGCAUGGGCUUGGCCCUCAAUAUACGCUACUCAAACGACGCAAUCCCUUACUUAAGUAAUUCAGCUGAAGUCAAAC